AUGGCAGCCCCCGUCGAGGUGUAUCGUGUGCUCCGUGUCUUGGUCAACGAGAAACCUUUCCCUUUGACGGGUCUCCGAGGCAGUGAUUUUCUGAAAGCAUUCCUUGACAUCAUCUUGUGUCAUUAUAUUGCCUGGGCCCGUGCUAAGGUGUAUCACCACGAUCUGACCUUGAAGGAUGCCAUGUAUAGGAGAUUCGGAGGGAAGAUCUAUGGCGUCCUCAUCGACUUCAAUCUUGCUACAACCGACAACUCGGGCCAUAGCGGCCUUGAGCGCACGGGAACGGCCCCGUACAUGGCGCUGGAACUUCUCUGGGCAGCCACCCAGCGUGAGACGCACAUUGCCAAGCACCUCUAUCGCCAAGAUCUCGAAGCGUUUUACUGGACGCUCAUCUGGGUUUGUAACUGUGUCGGAGGCGAUGGCAAGGAGAUCGUAGGGCCCCUAUUCCGUUCGUUUAGGACCGGGGACUACCUGGACUGCUACAACGGGAAGAAUGCUUCCACGCGUCUACGGAAACGCGAGCAGGCAAUCUUGGUGCUUCCUAUCCGACGGCCGCUUUGGGUGAUCGCCCAGGCGUGGACGGAAGACCUUGAAGAUCGGGUACGGCGGGGAGAGAGGAAGGCGGAAGGUUGGGAUGAUCCAUUUGAACCAGACCCGCAGGAGUCGUGGCGUAAGUUCUGCGGGAUCCUGCAGUCGAAUGAAGUGAAAUCGGGACUUGAGGCAAAUGGGGAGGAAGGAAAGAAUAUGCUCAAGGUUGUUGACGAUUUCUUGGAAUUGGCGAAACGUUACUCGAUCACUGGACGCUGA